CCACUCUGGCUGUAGUUUUUAGAAAGGCAAAUUCUCUGCUUGCGUGUAAACGAAGGGUACAAAUAAAGGGAAAUGUCUCAGUUUUUCACAAAUAACCAUCUACGUUUAAACGGGGUAUGAAUCUCUCUACUGAGGGCACUUUUCUAGUUAGCUGAUGUAUUUCUUUCCCUCAGCAUUGCCAGUAUUCCCAAAGAAGCGCAGACGCAGAAGCCUAAUCUCCAAAGACCCAGGGAGAGAUUCGGAUCCAGAGGAAGAGGUGCAGGACGACGACAACAAGGAUGAUGAAGAAGAAGAUGAAGAUGAUGAGUUUCUGCCGUCGGAGGGCAGCGAAAACGAGAUGGAGACAGAAAUUCUGGAUUACAUGUAACAAAACAUUACCGCUGUGAUGACAUUGCUGUUGACUGUUAAUAUCUUACAUUACUUUGUUAAAAAAGACAUGUUUGAAAUAUGUAAAUAAACAUGGAAGUAUUUCUAGUGGUUUCUGUAAGAACUGUAUCAUUUUUGCAAUUAUGAUUUUGGUCCAUACAGUGACACUGAAAUAUGUCAGGGAUCCCAAUCAAUAUGCAGUUUGUUUUUUCAAAUCUCCAAAUAACAUUUCAAAUCAUGACACAAGAGAUGCACAUCAUUGUCAAGGCAAAUAGCUUAGAAAUGCCAUGCGGCGAUGCAUUCCUAAUGUGUAUCCUUUAUUUCAUAGUAAGAAGAAAUUAUUCUAAGAAAGACUGAGAUAAAAUGGAUCAAUCAAAUCGCAUGAGAUAACCGCAAUGCGGUUGAUAAACAAAAAAAUCAUACAGGAUAGUUCAUUUAAAAGGUACAAACUGCAACUAAGCUAACACGUAUCUCUUCCUGGUGGUUUACGGCCUGUGGCAUAGCAUGUUUUAUGUAUGGGCAUAAAUAUGGUAUAAAUGUUUAUGUCCACAGUUGUAUACAGGUGCUUUUGGACAGUCAUAACAAUGCCGCUGUAUAGGUUAUUGGCUAUACGCCAUAGCAAAAUAGCUAUGUAACAUUUUGGAGAAGUGUGUACGUCCAAUUUACUUCACUUAAGCUUGCUAGCAUUAGAAAAACAGCUGUGGGACUUUGAUUCCACUUGGACAGCUGCGUCAACUCAGAGGUCGCCUUCCUGAUACACAACAAAAGUUGGAAACGAAAAGGCCAAGGCAGUAUGUAUAGGGUCCCCCCCCCCCUUCUCCCCACUAGAUAUUACUAUUUAACUAUUCUAUAUUUGGCCUUAUGGAGAGAAGGGCUUUCAAGGACAGGACAGGAUCAGUCCAUUUCCAUGGCCUUCCUCACAAAACUUCACUUGCGUGUUGGCAAUUUCGUGUGGGGUGUAUUGGGGGAAGUGCUGAUAAUACAAAGUGGGUGCAUAUGUUUCAUGUUAUGUAACAGUGGAAAAAUCAUGUCCACUGACUGGAUCAGGUGUGGUUUAGGGGAGGGGUCUCCUUUAUAAAAAUCUGGCAGACGACCAACCCUAUUGUCACAGAGUGGUCAUGAUGGUGAAGCUGGGGAUUCUGGUAGCUGUUGGCGUGUAUCUGGAGACGGUCUCUGCGGCCUCUCUCGGCGUGGUGUACACAGAGGGAGGUAUGGUGGAGGGUAAGAACAUUCGUAUUGGCCUAUACCGUCGGAUGGACAUCUUUAAGGGGAUUCCCUUUGCUGCCGUGCCUGGAAGGUUUGAGAAACCGAAGCGUCACCCUGGCUGGGACGGUAUUCUGAAGGCCACUGAGUACAGGCAGAGAUGCAUUCAGGUGAAUCUCUUGAUGUACGUGUAA